AUGGCUAUUGAUUCCUGGAUGGCUAUGGGUUCCUGGAUGGCUAUGGGUUCCUGGAUGGAUAUGGGUUCAUGGAUGGCUAUGGGUUCCUGGAUGGAUAUGGGCUCCUGGAUGGAUAUGGGUUCAUGGAUGGCUAUGGGCUCCUGGAUGGAUAUGGGCUCCUGGGUGGAUAUGGGUUCCUGGAUGGAUAUGGGUUCCUGGGUGGAUAUGGGUUCCUGGAUGAAUAUGGGCUCCUGGAUGGCUAUGGGUUCCUGGAUGGAUAUGGGCUCAUGGAUGGCUAUGGGCUCAUGGAUGGCUAUGGGUUCCUUGAUGGAUAUGGGCUCCUGGAUGGAUAUGGUUUUCUGGAUGGAUAUGGGUUUCUGGAUGGAAAUGGGUUCCUGGAUGGAUAUGGAUGGCUAUGGGUUCCUGGAUGGCUAUGGGUUCCUGGGUGGAUAUGGGUUCCUGGAUGAAUAUGGGCUCCUGGAUGGAUAUGGGUUCCUGGGUGGAUAUGGGUUCCUGGGUGGAUAUGGGUUCCUGGAUGGCUAUGGGUUCCUGGGUGGAUAUGGGUUCCUGGAUGGAUAUGGGCUCCUGGAUGGAUAUGGGUUCCUGGAUUGCUAUGGGUUCCUGGAUGGAUAUGGGUUCCUGGAUGGCUAUUGGUUCCUGGAUUGCUAUGGGCUCCUGGGUGGAUAUGGGUUCCUGGAUUGCUAUAGGUUCCUGGAUGGAUAUGGGUUCCUGGAUGGAUAUGGGUUCCUGGAUGGCUAUGGGUUCCUGGAUGGAUAUGGGUUCCUGGAUGGAUAUGGGUUUCUGGAUGGCUAUGGGUUCCUGGAUGGCUAUGGGUUUCUGGAUGGCUAUGGAUUCCUGGGUGGAUAUGGGUUCCUGGAUGGAUAUGGGCUCCUGGAUGGAUAUGGGUUCCUGGAUGGAUAUGGGUUCCUGGAUGGCUAUGGGUUCCUGGAUAGAUAUGGGUUCCUGGAUGGAUAUGGGUUCCUGGAUGGCUAUUGGUUCCUGGAUUGCUAUGGGCUCCUGGGUGGAUAUGGGUUCCUGGAUGGAUAUGGGUUCCUGGAUGGCUAUGGGCUCCUGGAUGGCUAUAGGCUCCUGGAUAAAUAUGGGCUCCUGGAUGGAUAUGGGUUCCUGGAUGGAUUUGGGCUCCUGGAUGGAUAUGGGUUCCUGGGUGGAUAUGGGUUCCUGGGUGGAUAUGGGUUCCUGGAUGGAUAUGGGUUUCUGGAUGGAAGUGGGUUCCUGGAUGGAUUUGGCCUCCUGGAUGGAUAUGGUCUCCUGGAUGGAUAUGGGCACCUGGAUAAAUAUGGGCUCUGGAUGGAUAUGGGUUCGUGGGUGGAUAUGGGUUCCGGGAUGGAUAUGGGCGCCUGGAUGGAUAUGGGUUCCUCGGUGGAUAUGGGCUCCUGGAUUGAUAUGGGCUCCUGGAUUGAUAUGGGUUCCUGGAUGUAUAUGGGCUCCUGGAUGGAUAUGGGUUCCUGGAUGGAUAUGGGUUUCUGGUUGGAUAUGGGUUUCUGGAUGGAUAUGGGUUUCUGGAUGGAAAUGGGUUCCUGGAUGGAUAUGGGUUUAAUAGAUGGCCAAAAUCUCGGCAAUGAGACAGUUUAUAGAUUCAACAAAAGCGUGCCAAUCAUUUUAUGUGGAGAAAGAAACAAUUGA